AGUUUCUGACGUGUAACAUCACUAAGAUGCCCAUUGGUCGGUGGUAGUAGGUUAAACUGAGGAUCGUAUUUUUGUUCCUGUGUCAACGAAAAGAAGAAAAGAAGAGUAGACAGUGAGACCCGGCUAAGUUUUCAUCGAAGAUAGUUUAUUCCCAAACAUUAAGUAAAGGACUCCUCAAAUCUCAAACAUCCAACUCCUUAGCAGAACCCCUUUUGAAGAUGAACUCCAAUGUGGAGAAUCUGCCUCCUCAUGUUCUUCGCUUGGUCUACAAAGAGGUUUCAGCUUUAGCAGCGGACCCACCUGAGGGCAUCAAAGUUUAUCCCAGUGAGGAAGACAUAACUGAGCUACACACAGCCAUCGAAGGACCGGAGGGAACUCCGUUUGCUGGGGGCGUUUUCCGAAUGCGUCUGGUCCUCGGGAAGGACUUCCCUGCGGUUCCACCCAAGGGGUAUUUCCUGACUAAGAUUUUUCACCCCAAUGUGGGUCACAAGGGAGAGAUCUGUGUCAACGUGUUGAAGAGGGACUGGAAGGCAGAACUUGGCCUCAGACAUGUCUUACUUACAAUCAAGUGUCUUCUCAUCCAUCCAAAUCCAGAGUCGGCUCUGAACGAAGAGGCCGGGCGUUUGCUGUUAGAGGACUAUGCAGAAUAUGAGUCCCGAGCUCGUCUGCUCACAGAGAUCCACGCCAUGGGGGGGCACGGCGGGACCUCUGGGGCACCUCAGGACCCUAAUGACGGCCCACAGCCGAAGAAGCAUGCAGGCGACCCCAUGAAGAGAGCGGGACCUAGUGCAACAGCUGUGCCAGCAGCUCUGGGUAACGGAGCUAAUGGAGCCAGCACCACCACCAGCAAUAGCAACAGCAGUAGCACUAAUGUAGCAGGGAAAAAGAAAGCAGAUAAAAAGCGUGCAUUGAGGCGACUUUAAUACCUCAGCUAAAUUCUGUGUGUGUGUGUGUGUGUGUGUGUAUACGUACGUGUGUGAGUGCGAGUAUGUGUAAAUAUAAAUAUUGAAGUGUGCUGACAUUGUUUUCGGUCCCUUUUUCUGACUCUUUCUACCACCUAUCCAGACUGUCCUCAACUUGUCUUGCCACCAGUUUGUCCUCUUGGCAUUACAGGUUUGUUAAUUAUUUCCAUACCUAAAGACAUACUGAUAAAAUGUUCGUUCCUCUUUUAAAGGAAAAGACAACACCUUCACUGCGGAAAUCAUGCCAUCUGUUGUAUUUUGCUCUUGGCCUAGUGUGUAUGAAUUAUACAGGGAAUGGGUUUCACUGUGCAAAACAUGGCCAAUAAUGUCUGUCCACUAAUGAGACGACAACACUACUAUUGUCUCAGACUUGAUAUCAGCUCUUUUUAAAGUGUUUCUUGGCAAAUGCUGCUGUGAUGGUACUGUGUACUGCUCAGCCAGGCUCACUUAUUAGUCCAAACCAGAAUGUUACUUUAAUUAAAGUCAGGUUUUCAAAUUGAACACAAAGGAAAUAAUAAAGAAGUUGAUUAAUAAUUGUGCACAGUCGGUGGGUUCACUUUUGGGAGAGAAAUAUUGUCAAUGUCACGCAAAAUUGUAACCUCUUUUUAAAUAGUAUUUUUCCUAUUGUGAUCUGAACGAUACAGGUAUGGAAACAGUUGACAUUGGAAUAUAAGAUGUCUGUCGUGUUCUGUAAUUUUUCUAAAAUUGUUUCACUGUCCGGUAUUUUCAAAAUUUGUUUAGAUUGACAUGUUCAUAUUCAGCUGUCUUGUGGUUGUGUGAAGACCUAGAUCAGUGGCUUUAAGGGAACACAGGGUAGGUUGAUAGACUACUUUUUAUAAAUAAAAAUGAAUCGCCUAUUCUCUGUGUUAAGCAUACAGUGGUGUGACUCGCCUAACCUACCCCUUAUUCCCUACAAAGCAGUAUGUGCUCUCGGACACCCAGCUCCCCGACAAGCCAUGUGGGUGCCUGAGAAGACAUCUGUAGGAAAACUUCCACUUUUGAUAGAAUUUGUCUCCCCGCCCGUUCCACAGGCAGGGUUUCCGGGGCAGGUUUUCUCUUUGUACUAAAUGCAUGCGGGGCCUACAUUUCCCAAGGAAACACACUGAAGCGCUGUCUUAAUUUGGACGGAAAAUGUGCCUCUGAAUCUCUGUCAUUGUGCAGUUGGCUGGAUAUUUUGUGUCCAUUUUAAAUUAUUUAAAUUAAAGAUUGAAAUACAAGAA